UAUUGUAGUUGGGCUGGGAUUUGCAAGGCUUGAUUUUCUGUGCACAGGCCGCUUCGACUGUAAACGUUUUGUGGUAAAUAAUGGAUUCAGCACCGUCCAUUGAGACGGUGCUACAAGCAAUACAUGCUCUUUACCACCAUCCUGAUCCAGCAGGAAAAGAAAAAGCGUCUGUUUGGUUGGGAGAAUUACAGAAAUCGGUGUUUGCCUGGCAAAUUGCAGACCAUCUUUUACAACAAAAUAGAGACCUAGAAUCAUGUUAUAUUGCAGCUCAAACCAUGAGGACAAAGAUUCAAUAUGCCUUCCAUGAACUACCACCAGCAACACAUCAGUCUUUAAGAAAUUCUCUCUUAGACCACAUCAGUAAAACCAAUGCAGGGACAAAUCAAGUAAUAGUCACACAGAUCCCUCAAGUCCAGAAAUGCUACUUCAAAAUAAACAGUCUCUAG